UGGUGCUCCUCCAGGCUGAGGGCAGAGUCGGUGAACUCGACUGAUCGUCCGGUUCUUAUUCGUCUCUCAACUAAAUACCCAAUAAGGAUGAAGACACUUUUACUCUCCCUGUUGGUUGGCUGCGCCCUCGCAGCCUCCGUCGAGAGGCCUCGCCGGCAACUGUUCGAGAACGGUAUUGAGCUGCAGUCUUCGCGGUCUUAUUUGCCACCUAACAAAGGAAGCUGUCAGCCAUCCGUUGUCUACCGCACUCAGAUCCUGUACUCAACCGCAGUCGUCCCUUCAACCGUUUACAACAGAGACGUCCAGUAUGUCACACAAACCUCCGUCCGUACACAGCAAGUCUACACCACCGUGUACUCUGAAAUUAUCCGCACUCAGCAGGUCCCGUCAGUGCUAUACGAAACAGUAACUGUCACUCGUACUCAGGAAAAUGUCCGCACACAGGUCGUCACUCUCCCACCUCAGGUCAACUACGUGACUCGUACACAGCAGAGUGUCAGGACCGAAGUGCAGUACCAGACAAAAUAUGAAACUCGCGUCCAGCAGGUACCCACCACCGUCGUUAGGAACGUCGUUUCCACCCAGGUGGUACCUCAGCAAGUGGUCCGUACUGUCUACAGAACACAGACGGUAACAAGGACACAGCAAUUGCCAGAUCAGACUCGUGUUGUACCUAGUACUCAAUAUAGCACAAUUUAUUCUACUGUGGUCAUACCAGCCCAGGACGUCGUCAGGACUACCCAGGUUGUCAGGACUAAUUUCGUGACCCAAACUAUCACACAGCCUGGUCAAACUCGAGUCAUCACCUCUACACAGCUGGUUCCUGUAACCACCACCAUCUUCUCACAGGUGGUUCGCACUAACACACAGACUCAAUACGUAACACGUACACAAGUUGAACAGCGAGUCUCCACCGUCGUGCGUACACAGCAGGUGCCACAGUACAACACCAGAGUCGUAACUGUUCCACAGCAGAUUGUGAGGACACAGUACUCCACCCAAGUGGUUCCCACAACCAUCAACUCCCAGAGGAUUGUACCUACAGUGAUCAACGUUCCCGCUCAGACCCGCUACGUCACAGUCACUCAAACCUCCGUCAGGACACAGCAAAUCCCCGGUCAGACCCGCACUCAAUACAACACCAGAAUCGUCUACAACACCAAUUACGUGACUUCUACCGUAUACAGGGAACAGUAUAACACCGUGACGGCCACCCAAACCAUCAGAGGAAACUGUGGCUACAACUAUCCCGAACCUGCCAACGCCUUCAACCCGUUUGCUCGCUAAAGACCUCGAUACAGUGCUUGCCACUAGUAGGCCAUAGCUUCCACGUAGAAAACGAGAAUGCACAUGUAUCAGGACAGAGAGGUGCUCACAUGAAUAGAAGUCUGAAAAUGCUCCACAAUUUGCCAAAAACCCAUCUGCUAACUGGGAACGCAGCACAGAUAAGCAGUGCUGACACUUUAAUGAUUAACCAUCAGAUAUACGCAAUAAAGAUGUAAAUGUGU